UGUCUAGCUGUGGUCUACUUUAUCAGCUGUAACCCCAAGAUUUCAAAGCUGGUGCGGAAAUAUUGUGCAUUGUAUUGAUGUGGAGAUGAUGAUUGCAGUGCUGCUGCUCCUGACUCUGAAGUCAGCAGGAACUGUGAGUGCUGCUUGGUCAGUGACAUUUGAAAACCCAGAUCUUUGUGCUGUAAAGGGAUCAUCUGUGACUUUUAGGUGCGUAUUCAACUACACAGCUGGGGAAACUGUUAGAACGACUGGAUGGUACAAGGGACGUUUAGAAAAUGGUGUCUGGAAACGAGUUGAGCUUUCAGACCUUCCGUCGUAUCGCCAUCGUUAUGGAUAUCUCGGCGACCAGCGGCACAACUGUAGCCUGGCAGUUCAUGACCUGCAGGUUAAUGACACGGGAUAUUACUACUUCCACUUUGGCACAGAUACGAUAGGAAUGCGUAGUAAAACUUCUGUGCAUCUGACCGUCUCAGAGGUGAGAGCCACAGUGCAGCCGGAGAGAGUGAGAGCUGGAGAAAAGGUGACUCUUGAAUGUGUAACAUCGUGCCAACUUGGAAGCACAGUCUGGUUCAAAGAUGGACAUCCAAUGACAAAAACAUUGUUGUGGGCGCAGGCAGAAGACACUGGGAAAUAUUCAUGUACUGUCAAGGGGCAUGAGUUGGUGCAAUCACACUUUGCUGCUCUGGAUGUUCAGUAUUCUCCACUGAACGUGUCUGCUGAGGUGAGUCAGGCUGGCCUCCUGUCAGUGGGCAGCAAUGUGAAUCUGACCUGCAACAGCGCUGCUAACCCUGAAGCAGAUAGUUACACCUGGUACAGCUCCAGCUCCAGGCUUCAGGUGGCCUCGGGCCAGGUGCUGUCUAUUCCCUCUUUGGAGGUGUCCCACAGUGGAGUGUAUCUCUGCCAGGCCGGGAACAGUCUGGGAGAAAGCAACUCGACGGCGGUCCUGCUGGAAGUGGAAGAAACAAAGAUUAAUCGUGUUAUCCUCUUUGUUGGUAUUGGAGUCAAAGUGGUUUUGAUGCUUUUCCUUACACUGAUUAUUAUCUGGGUUCGGAAGGGGUGGUGUAAUCCUGCUGGGGACAGUGAGAUGGACAGCCAUGAUUAUGAAAAUAUGAAUAUGCGAAAUGGGUAAAAAUAACCCAGAAAACAAGAAUCCACACAUACUAUUAUCAUUUGCUAAAUGUUGUCAGUCCAAAAGCAGUAGACUUUAAAGCAAGUUUUAGAGA